AUGGUGGUGCAGGAGGAUUCCAGGGAUUUGGGAUCACUUUGGCAAACUGCUAAGAAAAUCCAUCUCUUGCUGUUGGAUUCAGUAUGCACUGCUGCCACUGACAAGAAAUGCAAUCACAUUUACAAGGGAUUUGCAGAGUGCCUGCUCAAGCUGGGAGAGAGUCUGACCAGAAGUAUGGAGGAGGAAGGAGAAGAGGUGAAGGAGCUGGACACGGUGUGUCGAUCCUGGGACGACUUCCACUCGUGCGCUGAUUCCGUCCUGGAAGGUUGUCCCGACGAGGCUGCUUCCAUCUGGGAAUCGCUGAGAAAAGAGUCUAAGAAAUUGAAGUUCGAGGGAAACUUGCACGAGCUGUGCAGUUCCAGGGUCAGGCUGUCGGGCACCAUGCAGGAGCUGGAUGGAGACGAAUCCAACAAGCAGAGCUUGACAGGCUCCGCCGACUCUCUGUGGUGUGGCCUCACCACCCCCGUCCUGUCCUUCGCCGUGCUGAUGGUCAACAUGUAA